AUGCAAGUGUUGGACUCCCAUAAUCCUACGUAUGGAUUGGGAAGUCAUAUCACGGGAAAGUGUGUGAUAGCACUGGAGGGAAGACUCGAUUUAUCACAGGUAAGGAUGCGAUUGAAAGGGUUAGCCCGAGUAAUGUGGCCUGAAGGCGAGGGUUUUGAUAAAAAGGUUACAAUUACCUCAUAACUGAAUAUUAUAAUAAAUAAGCCUUAUAUUUUUAAAUACAUACCAUUAAUUCGUUACAAAUAAGUGGCACGGACACAUUAAGUUCAGCCUUGGCUAUUAUAUUCUUUGAAAACAUCGGUCUAUGAAAUUCCGCUUCAAUCCAGUACCUAAUUGAUCCUGAAUAUCCAAUAAAGCUCGAUGCUAUUCCCCUUUAUUUUGAUCAAUAUAUUAUUAAUAUUUAAAAUAUUCUUGCAACAAAUACUGCAUAAUUAUAUUACAAUAAAUACGUACUCAUGUGGUAAUUGAUAGGAAAAUGGGAAUUCAUAUGUGCC